AUGAGUGUCCAGGUCAUUGCUCGCAUUCGGCCUCUCCUAAAAACGGAACGGGAGUGUGAUGUUAUUGUCCAGCCAUGUCCGUCAAGUUCGUCCACGGCCUUACAGAGUAGAAGCGAGGCCCUGUCUAAGACCAAGGAGAACGACAAGCCAUUGAAGGCCAAAAAAGUAAAGAAUGGGAAGGGAGAUGAUGUGGAUAUAUCGUCGACGAAAGCUACGGUAGUCAAAAUACCGAAUCCCAGGAACGAAGGGGAGGACUUCAGCUUCAAGUUCCACUCGGUAUAUGAUGGCACUGCAACCCAGCAGGAGAUAUUUGAUGCAGAAGUGGCGCCUACUCUCAAACACCUCUUCAAUGGGUUUGAUAUUACUCUCUUCGCAUACGGUGUUACGGGAACCGGGAAGACGCAUACAAUGCGAGGAGGGAAGAGCCUGGCGGACCGUGGCGUGAUUCCUCGACUGCUGAGCGGGAUCUAUAGACGAUGCCGCAAGAUUGAGCGAGAUUCUAAAGGACAAACGAAGGUCGAAGUCGCUAUGAGCUAUUAUGAGAUAUAUAAUGACAAGAUAUUCGAUCUUUUUGAACCGGUGGAAAAGAGGACGCCGGCUGGACUGCCGUUGAGAGAUAACGGGGUCAAGACUACCGUUGUUGGCUUGACUGAGCGGCCUUGCACCAGCUUAAAGGAGUUUGAAGUUAUAUACGACCAGGCAAACAUGAACAGGUCGACUUCUGCUACAAAGCUCAAUGCGCAUUCAUCCAGGUCUCAUGCAGUGCUUUCUGUAAAGCUGACGGUGACAACAGAGCAGCAGACACGAAUUAGCACUGCAUCAUGCAUUGACCUUGCAGGUUCUGAAGAUAACCGCCGUACGGAAAAUGGUAAGGAGAGGAUGGUAGAAUCUGCAAGCAUCAACAGAAGUCUGUUUGUGCUGGCACAGUGCGUCGAAGCCAUCAACAAGAAGCAGGCCAGAGUGCCAUAUAGGGAGUCUAAAAUGACUAGAAUUCUGGGGUUAGGCCAGAAUAAUGGCCUUACCAUAAUGAUCUUGAACCUUGCCCCUGUUCGGUCGUUCCAUCUUGACACUCUGAGCUCACUCAACUUUGCCAACAGGACAAAGAAGAUUGAGUCGCGGGAGAUUGAGAAUGAGCCCAUGUUCAAGGGGCCACCUCGGCCUGUAGCAGGCCGUGUCACCGGCCCUGGUGUGAGGAGGCAGCCCUUGCGGCCCCUUGCUGCAUCAGUAAAUACAAACAUCGCUGCUGUGACAGCUGAAGCCCGAAAGCCAUCGGACAGAAAGCCAGCCAAGGCCUUUGCGGUCUAUACCGACAUGUCACAUUCGAAGAGUUCCACCAAACCCGGAGCCUCUGAGGCUGCUCAACGAAAGUCGCCUUUGAAGAGAAGAUCCGGAAAUGGCCUUCAGCCAGCCCCCAGACCGUUCAAGAUGGCUCGAACAGAGGAGAGGCCACAGCAUGGUAUGAGCAGCAUGUCAGCUGCAAAGUUUGAAGAGCUGGUUGAGAAGAAAGUAAGAGAAGUGCUCUCAGCUCGCCAGCCGGAUGACUUUGAAACCCGGUCCAAAGAGUUGAACAAGCAAGUGCAGCGCCGACUCGAGCUCCUGGAACAGCGGAUCGACGAGACUGAGGACUCCAGGGCUGAUGGGCUUUCAUAUCUCCUUAUGGCCAAACAACAUCAGGCUCGAGGCGAAUAUUCAUCGGCUCUGAUAAUGUAUGAACUUGCCCAGCCAUUCUUCCCGAAAAAUGCCAAACUAGCUCUUAAGAUUGAGGCACUCCGGUGUAAAAAAGCAGCAGGAAAGAAGAUCACAGCGGAGCCCCAGGAGCAGUCUGAGAAUCCUGGAGAGAAUGGGGAAGAGCCUUGUGAGGGUGAUUAUGACCAAGCGUCUACAACUGAUGCUCCUCACCAGAAGCCUAGACAGAUACGCACCAAGGGCUCUUCAUUGGUUCCGGAGACAUUACCAGGUAACGGAAAAGGGAAAGAAGGGGGAGGAUUGUCACCUCGCUCUUCACAUAUCUUGUCGGUGAUCAAUACUCGAGAUAUUGAUCAGAUCAAAUUGCUGCGUGGAGUAGGGGUUAAGAAGGCUGAGUGCAUUGUCGACCGUCUAUGUGACAUGGACGGCGGGUCUGAAGGUCACAUCCAGCUUCACAGCCUUGCUGAUCUCGAGAAGAUGAAGGGAGUAGGCAUAAAGACGGUGGAAAAUAUGAGAAAUGGCAUUGUCAUUGCUUGA